AUGGCAACAACGCCUCCGUCAACAUUAGCUGUAUAUACACCACCGACGCCGCUUCACGGUGCAAAGUACGACGAGCAUUGCCCGAAACCCACUCGCAAAGCCACGCGCAACUCUUCAUCACGCACCCAACGCGCCAUUGAGACCCCACCUCCAAACCCGGUUAAUUCUCAACACAUUUCAGCAUCCCUAGAUCCGAAGAAGCCGAAUACGCUACGUCCUGCCCCUCACACCUAUUCUCCUCCGUCUUCGACACAUACGUCUCCUCGUAAGAAGUCUUUAAGAGGCCCAUUUUCAUACCACAACAAGGACGCUAGCGCCAUGGAUGGUGCCGGUCCAUCUUCAGGAGCUCCAUCGCUCGAUCUGUUCCACAACCCUGACAAAAAUCCCACCUUGCAACAACCGUCGUUACAUCCUGCUGCAAAUAUGCUUCCCACACCGGCGAAGACACCACGCAAGAAGCCCGUGCAGCCAGCAGCCGUCCAAGCUGCAGCUAGAGUACUUUUUCCUUCUCGACCAGAUACAGUGGAAGAUGCAAUGCCGAAUCCACGCAAGAGAAGAAACAAGAGGCAUGUCGGUUUCUCCCUUUAUAGCUCCAUGGAAGAUGAUGGCGACGCGGGCUCGGAAAACCAGAUCGAAAUCUAUACGGACUCCAAAGACAAAGUUCCAGAGCUGGAUCCGAGUGAGGACAAUCCAUUCUACGACCAACAUGCCCGGACUGUCGCUUCUGUAGAGCCUCGCAAAACGAAAGCUAGCAAGAAGCGGAAAGCGGAGCACAGUAUAGAUACGAGUACAGAGAUCGAGGAGGCAUUCAACCGCGAAGAAGGCAUGGUCUACGUCUUUCGCGGCAAGAAGAUGUAUCGAAAAUUUCCCCAUGAUGGUCUAGAGUAUAAUGACACCAACAACCGUGGAGACAGUGAGCGCGAGUCCUCUACUAUACGUCCAUUGACUCGUUCCUCAAUCAAACCGCGCCUCCUUUUCCCAACGACGCAACAAAUCCACGAGCGUACCGUAUCUACCAUUGACGAUGAAGAAGCUCCCACUGACAUCGAAGAUCCCCAAGAUCAUGAGCUGACCGACCCGGAGGACGAGAAACCGAUUACCACUCCAAUUAAGGCCUCAGUUUUCUCACCUGCAACUCCGCCGACCACUGGCCACGCAACUAGAGCAGUCACCAAGAAGGCAGCACUUGACUCGCCUUCAGGUCGACCGGAGCCGGUCCAAGCCGUUCCGUAUGAGCGGCGUGGUAAGAAAGUCAGUCCGUUUGAUGCAUGGGCACGUACGAAGGCUGGCAUGAGUGGGAGUGAAGGCAAAGGGAAGAAGAGGGAGGGAGAGGCUAUGGAGAAGAAUGAGGGAGUAGCAGGGAGCAAGAAAGUCAGGGGCAAUGGAGUGGUUUGA